AUGUCGCAGCAGCUUAUGCAGAGUGAGAAGAAUACCUGGGGGAAAGGACAGGUACUGGCAGCUGUUUUGGCUGGAGACGUCGCCGCGGCGACCAUUUCCGCAACAGCGAUCAGUCCUAUCUUGACAGUCAUUGACCGUUCCGUAGUUGAGAAUGCCGCCCCAGCCAAUCAGCCUCUGCUAUCUACCCUGAGAACCAACAUCCUCAACUCAGUCCGACGGCCACGGCUGCUCUUUGCAACAAAGCCUUUCUUCUACAUGUGGACGCUCUAUACAGCCACAUAUACCACCGCCAACGCAGUUGAGAGCAUAGGCACCGCACUUACAGCGGGAGCGGAUCGAAUACUCAUCAGUUCUAUUACGUUCAUUUCAACAUGUCUUGUCAAUGUACCUCUAGGAGUAUGGAAAGAUGUGCGCUUCGUCCAAGCAUAUGGUAGAUCCGUAGAGCAGGUUAAGUUCAGCAAGAUGGUGGGAAACACGAGACCAGUGGCUUCAUCUAUACGGUCCACAUCCCCAGCGCGAGCAACUAGGUCUUCGCGAACCAUCGCCGCAACUUUCCUCUUCCGCGACGCCAUCACCAUAUUCGGAUCCAUCAGUCUACCGCCAAUGCUGAGUUCAGCCGUAUCAGCACCAGAUCCUCUUGUUCCAGAUCCUUCGACUAAGAACGCCGCAAUACAAAUCUUUACGCCAGUUCUCUCCCAGGUAGUGGCAACUCCUCUACAUCUACUGGGCUUGGACUUCUACACCAGCCCAGAAGGCAGCAGUGCGGAGCGGACGCAGAGAAUAAGAAGCGCCUUAUUACCAACGACAGCGAUAAGAUGUGCAAGAAUCAUUCCAGCUUUUGGAAUUGGCAUGGUGAUGAACACUUGGCUGAGGGAUUGCUUUCAUGGGCAGGUAAGAGGUAGCGUCUCUCCUUAA